UGCUUGUGUUUGACUUGUGAUAAAAUGAGCUCUGAGGUUCUGGUGUCCAGGCCCCACUAUGACAGCAGGGCCGUGGCUCUGGGGGUCCCGGAGAGAGAGACCCCUGGUAAGGACCUCCAGCCGUCCUCAGGCUCUGCCACGGCCGGGUACCGCUCUGCUAAAUACUCCCCCGCUGAGUGGUUCUCCAACUACCACAGCAUCCUGCAGCAGGCCAGCAGGGACCGCAGCCAGGCCCGCAGCAUCCAGAGGGAGUCCAGGACCCUGAACCAGGACACGGAGGCCGCCACGGUGGAGACCCAGGCCCAGGGGACCCUCCUCCUGGGACAGAGGCUCCAGGAGAUCCACUACUGGAAGUCUGAGCUGCAGCAGCACAUCCAGCAGCUGCUGGCCCACACGCAGGCGCUGCUGGCGCUGAAGACGCGGCUGGAGAAGGCGCUGGACGCCACCGAGACGCCGUACGCCAUCGCCACCGACAACCUGACCUGCAGGAGCAGGAGACCGGGACCAGACCUGGUCCUGGACCCCGUGGAGGAGGAGCUGCUGAAGGAGGUGGAUCUGAUCCGGAGCGUUCAGGCUCUGCUGAAGAGGACCACGGCUCAGGUCGUCACUCAGAUCAAGAUGAACAGGGAGGCCCAGCAGACCUUAGAGUCAGACUGGUCUGAUAAGAAGCAGGCCUACAGCUGGGACGUGACCAGUGGGAGACACAGUAACACCAGCAGGGACACCCAGCUCCACCCAGGCUCCGCCUCCAUGCAGGACCAGGUGAGUAACUGCACAUCAUGGACCAAGUUCACUCAGGACAACCUGACCAAGGCCUCGCAGGAGCAGCAGGCCAGCCACAGCCUCAGGAUGCUGGUGGAGCGUGUCCUGCAGGACACCACUGAUGAUCUGAGGACCCAGAGCUCCAGCGUGGACCGGGCCUUCAGCCAGCGCUGUGCCCAGCUGGUGGAGGCCAGGACCCAGCUGGAGAUGAAGCACGCUCAGAUCUUGGAGCAGAUCGGGGACCAGGAGAGGAACAUAGUGUGUGUGCAGCAGGCCAUCCAGGACAAAGAGGCUCCGCUGAGAGUCGCCCAGUCCAGACUCUACCUGCGCUCCCUCAGACCCAACAUGGAGCUCUGCAGGGACCUGCCUCAGUUCAGUCUGGAGGGGGAGGUGAGGCAGAUUGAAGCCAGUGUGGCGUCUCUGCAGCAGCAGCUGAUCGAGGCCAGAAGCUCGCUGUCCCACCUGGAGGAGUCCCGCCUCACUCUGGAGAAGGACAUCACCUGUAAAACUCACUCGCUGCUCAUAGAGCGAGAGAAGUGCAUGACUCAGCGUAAACGCUACCCGCCGGUCUCAGCGCUGGCAGGAUACUGAAGACCACCACUACACUCAGAAAAAGUCACCUAAUCCUUCAUCUAACAUGUAGCUUCUACUAUAUACAAUUA